CCCUUUUAGUCUCUAACCCUUCCUUUUUCUCAGCCUAGGGCCAGGGCGGAGCCGGCUCCCCAGAAUGCCCGCCCUGAGGGUGUGAUAAGAGCAGGGACGCCCCCUCUAUUUGUAUAGCUCCCGGGACGUGGCGCGCAGCUUAUAUGCCAUUUCGGAGUCAGAGGAAACUCCAAAUCCCGGAAUGCCUCGGGGGCAGAUACCCGGUAUGGAGCUGGCAUUGGACUUGGGUGACCAGGACCUGCUGGAUUUCCUGCUAGAAGAAAGCGGAGAUGCGGGGGCAGAGCAGCCGCUUUCCGAGGCGCUGAAUGAAUGGGAGGUAGAGGAUUUCCUGAGCUCCCUGCUGAGUCCGCCAGCAUCGUUGAACGUCCUUAGCUCCUCUGAUUCCUGUCUUGUCCACCAUGAUCAUACCUACUCUCUCCCACAGCCACACGUCUCUAUAGAUGUAGAUGGUGAAAAGUAUGAAAAAGAUGGGGCUGAUACGACUCCACUGCAUGUGGAGGAGCCAGCAGAUCAGGAGAUUGUUAGGCUGAUACUGACAGACGAGGAGAAGAGGCUGUUGGAGAAGGAGGGUCUUACGCUGCCUGGGACACUUCCUCUUACUAAGAUGGAGGAACAAAUUCUGACACGAGUGCGGAGGAAGAUUAGAAACAAAAAGUCUGCUCAGGAGAGCCGCAGGAAGAAGCAGCUGUACAUGGGAGGUUUAGAAAGCAGGGUCUUGAAAUAUACAGCCCAGAAUCUGGAGCUACAGAACAAAGUACAGCUCCUGGAGGAACAGAAUUUGUCCCUUCUGGACCAGCUGAGGAGACUCCAGGCCAUGGUGAUCCAGAUAUCCAACAAAACCAGCAGCGGCAGCACCUGUGUCUUGGUCCUCCUGUUUUCCUUCUGUCUCCUCGUCCUACCUGCUAUGUACUCCUCUGACACAAGGGGGAGCCUGCCAGCUGAGCAUGGAGUGUUGUCCCGCCAGCUUCGCGCCCUCUCCAGUGAGGACCCUCACCAGCUGGAGCUGCCUGCCCUGCAAUCAGAGGUACCAAAGGACAGCUCAGACCAGGAGCUCCAGGCUCUCGGCAACUCUUGCUGCCUGCUCCACCAUAUGCCUCAGGCUCCUGGUGCUGAGCCUCCCUUGACAUUGCCGCUUCCUGUCCCCUCCUCAAAGUCCCCCUGCUCAGGUCAGGUCCGUCCCCUGCAUGCAAACUUCACAAGAGAAGGGGGAUGGCUCCCUGCCCACAGCCCCUCAUCUGUUAUCUUACAGGGCAGAUAUUCAGGCUAGAUGUGAGGAUAUUAGGGGGCCCAGGCCAGAGCCUGGGGUUCCUAGUCUGUGUCCAAACGAAAGGAAUGGGAAAGGGCUAGCCUGAGCCCCUGCGUCCUGUCAGGAAGCCUGGGAGUUCAAACACAGCACACUUAACUGGCUUUCUGGGUCUUUUAUUUGUACCCAUUUUUGUCUGCCACCCCAUGAAUAGAUCUGGGGGAGUCAGCUGACCUUGAUCAUUUCAUGCAGUGAGGGACUGGGUGUGGGAAAAAAUAAAUAAGUGAUUCUGAUGC